AUGCUCUGGAGGACUGACAACUGGUCUGCCAGCUUUGCUCUGGAGGCCAACGGGUCGCCUGUCGACGAAGCUGGUUCUCUUUGGUCUCCCGACCCCAAUUACAAUAACAUUACCCUCACGACGCGCUUUGACACGACGUGCUCAUUCUUCGAAUUGAGCGUGCCAAUCAAGAUAAAGGGCAUCAGGCUGAAGGAUGACAAGGCUCUGGACAACAGCAUCUCAGCGCUGCUUCUUCGUAUAUGCCCGUCUAUCGUCAAAUCCUUGUCCCUCACCUCCAUCGCAACGGCCCCCGAAGCGAUACGAAAGAAGUUCACAUCUGCUAUUUUGCGACUUGACCUCGGACUUGGUCGAAACCUUGACAUCGUUGUCCCCUCCAACGCCGAGGAGCCAAUCGUCCCAGGUCGCGCUGCAUCAGGAGUGGUCCUUGAUGCUAUCCGGCAAUUCUCCAAUACUACCUCCCUGUCCAUCUACGUCCAAGAUUCUGAGCUGUUUAAUACGAAGCUGCAGUCCAUCAGCAACGCAUUCAGCCAGGGUCUCUACAAGUCAGCUCGCAGUGCGCAACAUGACCUUGUAAGCCUCUAUGGCGGUCGAGGAGCCAAGAUGAUCCAUCUCUCGGCCGAGACUGGACAACUCCCUCCGCCUUAUACCGAGUCCACAUCUCCGCCACCAAGUGCUUCCACCUAUCAACAGAAGCGACCUCGCCAAGAUUCUCACGAUGACCGCGAUAAUGCCAUGUCCCAGAUCUGGGCUGUGCUGGCAAAGAUGAAGGAGCGUGACGCAAGAAUGGAGGCAUUGGAAAAUGAGAAUCGACGUCUGAAGCAAGGCAUGGAAGAGCUUCAAGAGCGCCUUGCACUUCUAGAAACGCAGAAAGACGAUGAGAGACGUGUGGAGAGCCAGACUGCUGAGAACGCCGCCGAGUUAGUAAACAUCGAUCUCGAAUUGAUGGAGAUCCGGCAGGAUGUCGACGAGUUGAAGAUGAAGGCUGAUGCUGUUGAAAGAGGCGAGUUAGUGGACACGGUUAAGAACGAUGUCCUCGAAUACAUGAGGAUACGUCUCUGGGGCGACGGCUGA